CAAUCACUUCUUACCCUUCCCCAACACACUGCAUCUGUCCUCUGCGUCCUUACCGGGUGACGACUUUUAGAUCCAAUCAGGGAAGGUACUGAUCUAAUUAUAUGCUCGGGAACAGAUUAAAAUAAGCUCUUUCUGGCUCUUGGAGCCGGACGUCGCCUCAUUCUAUCAAACUCGAGCAUCUCUCACGUCAUUACCAGCUAUCGCAGCCAUGUCGCUCCAGCAGCAGCUCAAGAGUUUCAACGCCAGCGUUACCGACUAUGCGAACCGUAUGCCCCAACAGAGACGGUUUGUCCACAACGGCUCGACAAGCACUUCUCAGGUACCAUCCUCCACCUCAACACCAACACCAGGUAGCGACGCACAGCGGAAGAGGCAGAAUGCAGAUAUCGUGUACUCGCAGCCUGCCAAUACCGGCACGGGCAAGGACAUCAUGACACAGGUGCUCUUUGCAGUUGAGCACUUGAAAUCUAAGGGCGUCCCGCUCAGGUAUUCCGAUAUAGUCUCAUACCUCUCUCUCCAGCACCGCUCAAGCGACGAAGGCUACCUUCAGGCACUACGGAGAAUUCUCACGCAGCACGAAAAAGUCUUGUAUGAUCCUAGUGGCGCGAACGGGGAGGGUACAUUCGCUUUUCGGCCUCCUCACAACAUCCGCACCGCGGAGCAACUCCUGCAGAAGCUACAGUCUCGGACUACCGCUGCCGGCAUGAGCGUCCGUGAGCUCCGGGAAGGCUGGCCCAACGUUGAAGAAACAAUCAACAGGCUGGAGAAAGAAGGAAAAUUGUUGGUCACUAGAAACAAGAAGGACGAUCAUGCGAAGAUGGUCUGGGCCAACGAUCCCUCGCUGGUGCAGCACUUUGAUGAUGAAUUCCGCCAGAUUUGGGCGAAGAUCAAAAUUCCAGACCAGCAGGCCGUCAAGGAAGAGCUGGAGAAAGCCGGUAUCACUCCAACAAACAAGAACAAGGUUGUCAAGGUACGCCCAAAGGUGGAGCAGAAAAAGGUCAAGAAACCUCGUCGCAGUGGAAAGACGACCAACACCCAUAUGAUGGGCGUUCUGAGAGAUUAUUCCCACCUCAAACGGUAAACAUGGCUUCCCACUGAGCAUCUUGUCUCUGGCUUCUCUAUUGAGCCGACCAUUCUUGACCAUAUUCUUUCCGCUCUCUAUUUCCGUUCAUGUCUCACGAAUGACAGUCCACCUGCAUCCAUCGGCGUUGUGCGGGGCUUUCCUCAAAAUCAUUUCAUGCUAUACAUUGCGGACGAUCUCAGUUGUGUUAUGCUUUGGACUGGCGUUUUACUAGUAAAAGAUAUCAAGAUAGAUACCCAUACCAAUCAAAUUUGCUUCUUG